AUGAGAACAGUCGGCGUUUUUCCCGCCUCAGGGGGUCUCGGAGGCAGCACCAUCGCUCAUCUGCGCAAAAUAUUCCCCGACGAUCAUCUCAUUAUCAUCAGUCGUUAUCCUGAAAACCAGCCAGCAGAGUACUCGCAAGGCGGUGUUCGUCUUCGCCAAGCAUCCUACGAGUCUUCACCCCGGGAGUUGGAGGCAUCGUUCAAGGAUAUUGACGUUUUAUUCCUCAUAUCAUACCCAAGCCACGUGCGUGACUACAGGGUCCAGGUUCAAAUCCCAGCCGUUGACGCAGCUGUGAGGGCUGGCGUCUCUCACAUUUUCUAUUCAUCAUUGGCAUUUGCCGGGCCCGUCUCGAGUAGCUUGUCCAAGGCCGAAGUGAUGCAGGCGCACCUGGUGACGGAGUCUCACCUGAAGUUUAUCACGGCCAACAACCCGAAGUUGACUUUUACAGCCAUUCGAGAAGGUCUCUACUCGGAGUCGUACCCCAUCUACACGGCCUUUUUCGAUGCUACAAAUCCAAGCUCGGAGAUCCACAUACCACACAAUGGCAAAGGGCCAGGUGUGGCAUGGGUCAAGCGGGAUGAGCUGGGAGAGGCGACAGCCCGACUGAUUGCACACUAUGCCGGGGCGACCGUGACGGGCCUGGAGAGCAUUGAUUUGGAAAAUCAAAUACUGCUCUUGACUGGCCCGAAAGUGUGGACGCUUGAAGAGACGGUAGAGCAGCUGAGCAAAUGUGUGGGUAAACCCAUCGCGAUUCGCGAGGUCAGCGUGGAUGAGUACGUUUCGCAACUACAAGUCACUACGGUCUUUGGAAGCCAAGAAAAGGCGACCACAUGGGCCACUGCCUGGGCGGCCAUCAAGGCUGGAGAGACUGCGGUGGUCAGUCCAUUGUUGGAGCAUGUGCUUGGUAGAAAGCCGGAAGACUUUGAUGUCACGCUCGAGAACCAUUUAGGCGCAUCUCACGAAUGA